CCGCGCAGCGCAACAGAAGAGACCACCACAUCCACAUAUGCGGCGGCCCUCCCUCCGCCCCCUAUGAGUGAGGAAGAGGAGGAGAGUCUCUCCCUGUCCGCCGCACGCAAAAGCCAAAUCCCCCAUCUCUAACCCCGGUCCAUCCCAUUUCCACGAGAAAUCCAUCGGAAUCGCACCAGAAACCGCGAAGAACAGCGAGCGCGAGGCCCCAACAAAUCCCCCCCUGUCGUCGUCUUCGCAAAGCCCGUCCCUUUCUUUCUUUCUUGUUCCGCCCGAGCCCCUCCCCUCGUUCCCAUCGAUCUUGCUUGGCGGCGGCGGCGGAGGGAGGACGCCGGAAGGCUGCUCGGCUCGGCCAUGGCAUUGCCCGUGCGCCUCGUGCGCGUCUCGCUGCUGCUCCUCGUCGCGCUCUCCUUCUGCGCCGCCGGGUCGCACCGCGAGCCCCACCGGGCGCUCCACUCCGGUCAAGAUAAGCGUGGCUUGUCCCAUGGCUUGGUGGUGAGAAGAUCAGUUGCUGAAGCUCCUGCUGACAUAAAUGUCACUACCAAUAGCUCCUUCGUAUUGGCGGAACACCGAACUUUUCGGAAGGACCCUCUGAAUGCAUUCAACAGAUAUGCGGGCGGUUGGAACAUCAGCGAAGUGCACUAUUGGGCUUCCGUUCGAUACACAGCGUAUCCCUUGUUCGUCGUUGCCUUGCUGUGGUUUGUGCUAUUCUUCCUUCUUAUGAUUGGCAUUUGCUGCCACCAUUGCUGCUGUGGGCACAAGAGUUAUAGCUACUCGAGAGUAGCAUAUGCCCUUUCGCUGAUACUUCUGAUAUUAUUCACAUGUGCCGCAAUUGCUGGAAGUGUUGUGUUGUAUGUCGGCCAGGGCAAAUUCCAUGCAAGCACUACGACCACCUUGGAUUUUGUUGUCGACCAGGCGGAUUUUACUGUUGAAAACCUUAGGAACCUCUCGGAUAGUUUAUCCGCUGCAAAAAAGGUUGACAUCGGACAGUUCUUACUUCCUCCAAAUGUGUUGGGUGAGAUCAAUGAGAUUCAGGUGAAAUUGAACACAUCAGCUACCGAUCUCGCUACUAGAACAUCUAAAAAUUCUGCGAAGAUCCAAAAAUUGCUGAAUCGUGUGCGGCUAGCUUUGAUCAUCAUUGCAGCAGUAAUGCUUCUUCUGGCAUUUAUUGGCUUCCUGUUGUCCAUCUUCGGGCUGGAGUUCCUUGUCAACAUUUUGGUCGUUGUUGGAUGGAUACUAGUCACCGGGACCUUUAUCCUGUGCGGUGUAUUCCUUCUUCUGCACAACGUUGUUGGUGACACUUGUGUUUCAAUGGACGAGUGGGUUGCUCAUCCAACAGAACACACUGCUCUGGAUGACAUUAUCCCUUGUGUUGAACCGGCUACGGCGAACGAGUCUCUGACAAGAACCAAGGAAGUCACAUCACAGCUGGUGAAUCUGGUGAACCAGGUGCUCUCCAACGUGUCAAACCUAAACUUCACUCCAGUGGCGGCCCCCUUCUACUACAACCAGUCAGGGCCACUGAUACCCACACUCUGCAACCCGUUCGGACCCAAUCUGAGCAACCGCACCUGCGCCCGCGGAGAGGUCACCUUGGAGAAUGCAACCCAGGUCUUCAGGAGCUUUGAGUGCCAGACCAAGACGGUGUCGGGAACGGAGGUGUGCACGACGGUGGGCCGGCUGACCCCUCGGAUCUUCGGGCAGAUGGCGGCGGGCGUGAACGUGAGCCUGGGGCUGUACCAGUACGGGCCGUUCCUGGUGCAGCUGCAGGACUGCACCUUCGUGCGCGACACCUUCAGCAACAUCAGCCAGAACUACUGCCCAGGGCUGGAGCGGUACAGCAAGUGGGUGUACAUCGGGCUGGUGCUGGUGUCGACGGCGGUGAUGCUGUCCCUCAUCUUCUGGGUGAUCUACGCCAGGGAGCGGCGUCACCGGGCGUACAACAAGGCGCACCGGGGUGACAAGCCGGCGCCGAUGGGCGGGAAUGCCUGAUUAGCGAUGGCUGUUUCGUUCUAUCGCCAUGGACCGCGUCAGUGAGUGUAGAGAUUAGAGGACCGCUGUGUGGUUGACUUGAUUGCUGCCUGUCGAUUGAUUCUUUUUUCGUUUUUGUGAAUCUGAUGCUUGCGUAUUUGGUUCUGUUCCCGCUCGGUUGAUGUACAGUUUGUGAUGUAGGAUGAUGGAUUGCGUACUUGUUAACUGCUUUGCCUCAUCCAGUUUAGUAUUAUCUCGUUUUGCAGUUA